GCAACACCUCAUCAGUCGUCACUUUGUCGGUGAAAGAGGAAGUUUCACGAUGGGUUUUGCGGGACGGUUUGUUUUUGUGAUCACCACCCUCAUGGCUGCCGUACUGUUCAAGCAGUAUCGAGACCUUACUGAACAAUUACCCGCCCCACAAAUUAAAUACCAAGAAUACUGGGGACCGGGGGACGCAGACAACUACACGAAAAAUAUCGAUAUUUUGCCAUUUGAACUGAAUUAUGGUGAGAAAGUGAUCGAUAUACUGAAGAACAAAUUGAACGACGUUCCGAAUCUGGCGGAGCCCCUUGAAGGGGUUGCCUUCCAAUAUGGAUUCAACAGCAGGCGGCUUCGUGAAGUUAUAGAGUACUGGCGGACAGAAUAUCUGAGUCGGUGGGACGAGCGACAGAAUUACUUGAAUCAAUAUCCGCAGUUUAAGACCCAGAUUCAAGGAUUGGAGAUACAUUUCCUUCACGUGAAGCCAAAGAACGUAAGAAAUCCGAAACGAAUCCUACCCAUUAUAAUGCUACAUGGAUGGCCUGGAUCGGUGCGUGAAUUCUACGAAAUAAUUCCGCAGUUGACCACAAGAAGUGACGAGAAGGAGUACGUAUUUGAAGUGAUUGUGCCAAGUCUGCCUGGCUAUGGUUUUAGCCAAGGAGCCGCCAAACAAGGGCUCAGUCCAGCAAAAAUUGCCGUUAUCCUACGAAACCUGAUGAUACGACUAGGUUUCAAGAAGUACUACGUGCACGGUGGUGAUUGGGGAGCUAUUGUGGGUAAUCUCAUGGCAACUUUCUUCCAGAAUGAAGUGUUGGGUGUUCAUUUGACCAUGUGUACGAAUUCAGCGCCCAUUGCAACAGUGAAAAAUAUCGUUGGCAGUCUGGUACCAAGUUUCGUGGUCGAUGAGAAAUAUACCAGUUUUUAUUACCCUCUAACUGAUAAAUUAAAAAAGCUGCUGACCGAAACCGGAUACAUGCACAUUCAAGCUACCAAACCAGAUACAAUUGGUGCAGCGCUAACUGGGAAUCCCGUGGGGCUGGCUGCGUAUAUUCUUGAGAAAUUCUCUACAUGGACAAACCCGGCAUACCGAGACCUACCCGAUGGGGGUCUCGUAAAAUAUUUUAGCUUGGACGCGCUGUUAGAUAAUGUCAUGAUAUACUACUUAACUGAUUCAAUUACCACAUCCCAGCGGCUAUACUCAGAAGCAUUUAAUAGUGUUGAACUAUCCAAAGACUACGACCGAAUUCCAACACGUGUUCCAGCUGCAUGUGCCAAAUUUCGGCACGAUUUGAUGCACCAGACCGAUUGGGCUUUGCGAGAUCACUUCCGUAAUAUGAUUCAAAGCAACCACUUUGACGAUGGAGGUCAUUUUGCAGCACUACAGCUACCAGAGGUGCUUUAUAAAGACAUUGUUCAAUUUGUUAAUCGAUUGUACCGCCGCGAAGAUCAGUAUUAAUUUUAAAAGUUCCGAACAAUUUUUUUAUUAUAGAUGUUUUAACCUGAGGGUCAUUCGCCUCGUAAGACAGCCAAACUAGUCAACCCUCAGAAAACUGUACAAUAAUUUUUGGAACAAAAUAUGUUUUUCGAAACCAAUGACAA